AAAAAUGGUUUCUAAACCUCCACUAACUAAGCCUAAAUGCUUCAUGACUUUUCUCAUCUUUUUCACCCUACUUGCCCUUUACCUGACCUUUACUGAUUUACAUUAUUUUUUAAGCCCACACCAUCCUCCUCCCCAAUUCAAUUUGAAGAGAUCUCCAAGUUGGUAUGUUUUUCUGGCGAAUGAGUUCAUGCACAAGAAGAUGAGAAUCGGUUUGGUAGAUGUGAAGCUACAUAACAGCUUGUUAUUUGGUCAAAAUAUAGAUAUCGUAAAUGUAAAAUUUCGACGUGUCUCCGAACAUAUAAAAUGGAGCGAUUUGUUCCCGGAGUGGAUCGACGAAGAUAGCACCUCGAAUCGACCUAAGUGUCCAACGGUUCCCAUGCCCGACCCGAACAAGUACUCGGGGCUAGACGUUGUGCUCGCAAAGGCGCCAUGUGGUCAUAACAAGAGGGAUGUCUAUAAGUUACAGGUACAUUUGGUAGCAAGUAAUUUGGUGGUGAGAAGUGGACGAAAUGGGACAGUUUACGUUGUAUUUAUUGGCAAAUGCGAGCCAAUGUUUGAAAUUUUUGGGUGUGAGGAUUUGUUAUGGAAUGAAGAAGAUGUCAGAAUUUACAAGCCUAAUUUCCAUAAAUUGAAGCAAAAGGUGGAUAUGCGCAUCGGUUCAUGCCAACUUGCUCGUCCAUUGGUUGAACACGCCAUUUCCUCAAAUAAAUCAGUAAAGAAACCAAGAGAAGCAUACGUGACGGUUCUCCACUCCUCGGAGAAGUACGUGUGCGGAGCAAUAGCAUUAGGUCAAAGCAUCAUCCAGUCAAACUCCACCAAAGACCUCGUCCUCCUCGCCGACUCCUCCAUCUCCGCCCACUCCCUCCGCGGCCUCCGCCUCGCCGGGUGGACCACCGCGCCGAUCGAGCGGAUCCGCAGCCCUCACGCGGCGAGAGACGCCUACAACGAGUGGAACUACAGCAAGCUCCGGAUAUGGGAGCAGCUGGCGGCGAUGGGGUACGACAAAGUCAUCUUCGUUGACUCCGACAUCAUCGUGGUCAAGAACAUGGACGCCUUCUUCUCGUUCCCGGAGCUCUCCGCCGCCGGGAACGACAACCACCUCUUCAACUCCGGGGUCAUGGUCCUGGAGCCCUCCACGUGCACCUUCGAAGCCCUGAUGGAGAGGAGGUACGAGGUUGCCUCCUACAACGGCGGCGACCAGGGUUUCUUGAACGAGAUGUUUGUCUGGUGGCAUAGACUGCCCAUGGGCGUGAACAGGCUCAAGGUUUUCGCGAACCAUAAUCACAAUGACGAGGAUAAGAAAAUCAAUGUUGGAGUUAAGCCUAAUCAAACUCAGACUUGUAGAUCCACCUUGAAGCACAGUCUACCUGAAGAUGUAUAUGCGAUACACUAUUUGGGGCUGAAGCCAUGGGCGUGUUAUCAAGAUUAUGACUGUAACUGGGACAGGUUGGAGUACCACAAAUUUGCGAGUGAUUCCGCUCAUGAGAAGUGGUGGGCUGUGUAUGAGAAAAUGCCCAAAAGUCUGCAGAAAUAUUGUGGGCUGAGUGGUGAGAUGGAUGCAAGGAUUCGGAAAUGGAGAAGGAUUGCUAUGAUGAAUGGGAAAUUUCCUGAUGAGCAUUGGAGGGUUGAUGUAAAGGAUCCUAGAAGACUCUCUUUCACUACUUGGUAGUGAUGGAUGAUUUUAUUUGUCAUUUUUUCUCUCUCUUUCUCUCACAGCUUAGUUUAUAUCAAGUCGAUCAAACAAAAUAUACAUUAUUAGUGGAUUUUCUUUAUCAUUUCAAAUUGUUUUUAUGUUGUAUCAACUUUUAAUCAUAUUUUAGUGAAUUUUCCGUCCUUCAAAA